AGCUUUGGCCAAUCAUCUUCUUGCAAAAUGAACGCCUCAGCUUCUUCCGUGCUCACCCUUCUCGUCCUCAUCAUCCUCGCUAUCAUUGCUGAGUCCAGAUCAUCGCCUCCACGAGAUGACACCAAGGUCAUGACCUCAAUGUUUGGCUCGCGGCUCUCCUCUCUCCUUGUGGCCCCGCCCCCAUAUGGGGACGCCACAGAGGGCCCAGCUGGAAUGCCCGUCCCCUCCAGGGGAUUGACCAGGAGGCAGGAGUCUUCAUCACAGUUCCUUGUGGACUUCCUGCGGCAACAUUCCAAGAUAAGGAGGCGGAAUCGGAAGGCGAUGAUGGGAGGAAGAGGAUGCUUUGGUAUGAAAAUGGAUCGCAUUGGCUCCAUCAGUGGACUAGGUUGUUGA